AUGGCUUUUUUUCCUCGCUACUGCUCGAGCGACUUUGCUCCCUUGUUUCAGCUGCUCGACGACUACGACGUGCACCAAACUACUCAUCGGCCAAACAAAAAGGUCACCACCGUCCGCACUUUUGCACCCAAAUUCGACGUGUAUGAGCUGAACGACCGCUACUACUUGGAUGGAGAGCUCCCUGGUGUCGAGCAGAAUGAUGUCGACAUUGAAUUUUCCGACCCUCAAACCCUAGUCAUCAAAGGCCGCUCCCAAAGAAAUUACCACAAGGGAAAACACCCCGAAUCUGAUGACAGAUCCGAGACCUCAUCAGUCAAAUCACAUCAGCCUACAGUCGAAGACUGGGAUGAAAUGAUCGACGCCACACCCAUUACCGAACCAUCUCCGGUGCCCACCGCCGAGGAGAAUACUGCGGAGAAGAGCAGGCCUGAACCAGCUUAUAAGUUCUGGGUCUCUGAGCGCUCUGUCGGCGAGUUCCACCGAACCUUUGCCUUCCCGACAAGAGUAGACCAAGAAUCCGUAAAGGCCAGCUUGAAAAACGGCAUCCUCUCUGUGGUGCUUCCUAAGGAGCCGGCCCCUCAGCUCAAGAAGGUCCGCGUGCAAUAG